AUGGUCAGGGAGUUACACCACUUUGAGCAGAGUGGUGUCGCUUCUUCUUCCGACAAGGAUAGGAAAAUGUCUGUGUUGGGGUUGAAGGUUGGUGGCGGUAUGGCUGAGCAAAUGGAGAGGACAUUACAUGGAUUGGUGAUUGGUGGAGGGGGUUGGGGAAGGGUGGAAAUGGGUUUCUCUCUCACUCUGUCACUCUCUCUCUCUAACAUGGUUUCUGUUAAGGUCGGAGCGGAGCAAGGACUAACAAAAUUAAGGCCAAACGUUCAAACGUUCCUUAAAGAAGCAAGCAAAUUGUUCGAUUUUUCGAUUUUUACACUAGGAACUCUCGAAUAUGCAACAAAGAUGGUGCAAAUACUUGAUCCUCACAAGUUGUAUUUUGCAAAUUCACAAGUGCUCACUAGGGAGAAAUGCAUUGUACCAUCUACGAAAAGUCUUAAUCUUGUUUUACAACACGAAAGGGUUGUGUUAGUGGUCGAUGAUACAAAACAUUGUUGGAUAGACAAUAAUAAUAAUAAUAAUAAUAAUAAUAAUAAUAAUAAUAAUAAUAAUAAUAAUAAUAAUAAUAAUAAUAAUAAUAAUAAUAAUACUAUUAAGAAUUUGAUCGAAAUAGGUCGAUACGAAUUCUUUGAUGAUAAAUCAUCAAGGAAUAAGUCUUGUACGCGAAGGUGGCAGGAUGAAAGUGAAAAGUAUGGUGAAUUGGCUCGAGUUUUGAGAGAAUUGAAGAAGAUUCAUUAUGAAUUCUACAACGUUGAGGAAUUUGAAGAUUAUGAGUGUCGAGAUGUAAGAGAAGCGAUUCAAAAAGUGAAGAUGAAGUUUAAAUUGAUUGGGACUAAGGAAGGAAAUAAAGAAUUCAUGGGAAAACAUGUUAGGGAUUGUUGUGAUGUAGGGGAACUUUUUAAAUUGUUGCGGACGAAUCGUCGUGUAAACGGGUGUAAGUCGUGUAAUUUAAACUAG